AUGAAAUGUGCAAACAAUGUGCCAAUUUCUACCAGUGGUCGCGGUGGUUCGAACACCAAUCUAACAUGUGUUGUUGACUGUUCAACCGAUGGCGGUUAUUCAGUGAAUCCAGUGAAUAUUUUAACUGAUUGUGUUUCAGUUAGUUCGUCGCUAGGCAUGAUGACUAGUGAACGGUCAGUCAAUGCAACACUGCUCGCUGGAGCACACUUCUACAUAUCGUAUCGAGGAAGUGCUUGGCGCGCUGUAGACAGUCCGCAACAAAAUAAUCUUUACUGGUCAAUUGUAUGUUUCAUUGAUCUUCGACUACGACCCGACGGUAUUAUAAACACCCCACCUGAAGCGAACGUCGUUUCACCACAAUAUGCCAUCGUAAACAGGACAACUCAAAUUCAAAUACCCAUCUUAGACGUCAAUGCAGGUGAUGAUUUACGGUGUCGAUGGUCAGUUGCACCUUGUUUGUCAGCACCUAGUUGUCCGGCCUCAGGUUUUUGUAGCUCACUUUCUGGUUGUCCGAUUGUCGCAACAACCGUGGCAAGAACAACAUCAACAACAUCAACAACAAGCACGACAAAAACUACAUCGACAACAUCCACAACAUCGACGACGACAACGACAUCAACAACAACGACGACAACGACAUCAACAACAACGACGACAACGACAUCAACAGCAACAUCGACAACAACGGCAACAACAUCGACAACGACGACAACAACAACGGCGACGACAACAACAACUGAAAGUACAACUACCCUUGAAACCGCAGGAACGCUACCACUCACUAGCUCAUAUCCAGUACGCCAGGCCAUUGACGAAUGUGGUGGUAUUUGCUAUCCGAAUACGGUACCCAAUGGUACGACUUUAUCAAACUGCACACUGACAUUCACAGGACUUAUACCAAACACUUGGUAUGCUGUAUCGAUUCAAGUUGAAGAUUUUAUCGACUCCACCAGUAUGACUCCUAUGAGCUCAGUUCCAGUUCAAUUUCUGAUUUAUGUCAUGCCGACGCCAAACUGCUCAAUAACACCGAUUAUUAUACCACUGAAUGGUUGUCUCGAAGUAACAGCAGGCGUUAUGAAAAGUUUCAAUAUAUUUGUGAUCAAUAGAUGUAAUCCAUUCCUCUCAAAUGUUAGUGAUAUUGUCAUAUCGGCAGGAAUUACUGGGAUGGAAGUUAGUAAUAUAACACAAUCAUCGGCAAAUGCAUCACUAGUCUAUGUUACAUUCACAUGGGCACCACAAAUAAAUCAACUUGGCCAACAGCAACUGUGCAUAAUCGCCUUCACUGACGAGCAGGUACAAUCUGCGCAGUAUUGCGUUACAUUCACUGUAAUAACUUCAUAUUUUCCAUGUGUGACAACAACGACUAGUACAACGACAUCAUCAACUACUAGCACUACAUCCACCUCGACAACCACGAGUACCACAACAACUUCAACAACAACUACUACUGAAACAUCAACAUCGACUUCGACUUCUACAACUUCGACGACAUCCACCUCAACUACGACAUCAACAACUUCAACUACGACAACAACGACCCCAACAGGUGCAUCAGGCUCUACCCUUUCACUUCUUAAUUCCCCAAUUGGAAUGUAUUAUGACGAACCUAACAAUACGUUAAUCGUUACGGAAUAUGGAAAUAAACGUAUCCUACAAAUUUCUCUCAAUGAUUCUCCUUCAGUUGGAACAGUAAUUGCUGGAGGAAAUGGUGCUGGUUGCAACAUGCGUCAAUUUACGACUAAUAUUGGAGUAGCUCUUGAUAGUUCCAGUCAAUUGUAUGUAUCAGAUGCAGGCUGCAAUCGCGUCAUCAGAUUUCCAUCACGUUCAACUCCGACGAUAUCCGGAACACUUUUCGGUAAUAUAUCUGACUCACAAGAUCUGUGCAUAAAUCCAUCGACUGGCGAUCUAUAUGUAGUUAGCUAUGUUGAUAAUGCGGUAUACAAGUUUGUGAAUGGUAGUGGAACGCCAGUGGUUGCAGCAGGUGGCAAUGGUUAUGGAAAUGCCUUAAAUCAGCUUGCGGGUCCAAAUAGUGUUUACUAUGAUUAUUUAUACACACAUUCUUUGUAUGUUACCGAUAAUGAUAAUCACCGUGUGAUGAAAUACCCAUCAGAUUCAACGAGUGCCACUAAUGGAACAGUUGUUGCUGGAGGUAAAGGAGCUGGAAGUGGAGCGAAUCAAUUCAAUAGACCAAGAACUGUACUGGUCGAUAGCCAGGGCACUCUCUAUAUAUCUGAUGGAGAUAACAAUCGUGUUCAACGUUGGCUGCAAAAUGCAACUAAUGGUACUACAAUCGUCGGCGGUGAUAAAGCAGGAACAUCAUCGAAUCAACUCAAAUUUCCUGAAACGAUCCUCUUUGAUAGAUAUGGUAAUCUAUUGGUCUCUGAUAGAGGAAAUAAUCGAAUACAAAGCUUUAAGAUAACAACAUGCUAG